AUGUCACUAAAUACUUUUGAUCCAGAGAAAGCUGAUAAUCUUGAAGAUAUCGAAAGACAGUUCGCCGUUGUCGCUGUUGAGCAGGCUGAAACGUACUGGGGUCUACUUACCAAGAUUCCAGGCUCAAAACUGCGCCUAACAAAGCUCGAUGACGAAAUAUACGAGACAUUUAUGGAGCAUUUCCCAGAAUAUAGAGAUGUCGAGAGGAUCAAAAAAUUCAGUGAAGAAGAACUCAAAACGAAAGAAGCUAAAGAAAGAUGGAGACAAUUCUGCAAAGUAUUUGAGACUAAAGUUGAAGAUUAUAACUUUGGUACUCUUCUGAGAACUGAUGCAAGUGAAGAGUACGGCCAACACAGCACAUGUUUUGUCGUUAGGAUACAGUUCUAUGCCUUUGAGGUUGCUAGGAACAAGCACAAGCUGAACGACUGGGCUGCAAUUAAGAAAUGA